AUGAGUUCCUUAUCGAAAUUUUUCAAGUCUAAGAAGAAUGAUAAACCAGAGACUCAAACGGCAAUUCAUAAGCUUAGAGAAACACAUGAAAUGCUUACAAAGAAGUCGACCUUUCUGGAAGGAAAGGUUGAUGAGCAGAUAGCUUUGGCCAAAAAAUACGGUCUUAAAAACAAAAGAAUGGCACUUCAGGCAUUGGCUCGCAAGCGUAAUUACGAGAAGCAAUUAGCUCAGAUUGAUGGAACUCUCAAUACAAUUGAUAGUCAUAUCGAAGCUCUCGAAAAUGCUGGAACAAAUGUCGAGGUUCUUAAUGCCAUGCGAUAUGGGUCAAACGCCCUAAAAAAUGUCCACAAAAACAUGACUGCUGAUGAUGUGCAGAAUAUUAUGGAUGAUAUACAAGAACAACGAGAUACAUGCCAGGAAAUCUCUAAUGUAAUAUCCACCCCUAUGGGUCUAAAUGCAGACUACGAUGAAGAUGACCUUCUUCGUGAACUUGAAGAGCUUGAGGCUGAAGGUGUUGAACAAAAAUUGCUGGAUAUUAAUCGGAUACCUCAAUUGCCCACUGUCCCAGAUUCUGAUUUGUCAAUACCUGUAGCAUCCAAAAGUGCAUCAAGUAAGAAAGCAAUUGAAGAUGACGAUAUUGGAGCACUUGCUGAAUGGGCUAAUUAA